AUGAAGGCUAUCUUAUUUUUCUUCAUCUUGGCAACAGCAGAGGCCAUUCCGGUUUCUCAGAUCAGACCCCAAGAGAGAUAUGAUUUUGAUGGAUCAAAGGAUUUAAAUUGUCCAGGAACACCAGGAGUGACCAAACAGGAUCAGAUAGUUGUCAAUGGCACUAUCAAAGAAAAUAAUGAAACAAAUGAAGACCUCACAUAUCAAGAUGAGAAGGGUGCACAACUAUAUAAAAAUGGCAGUAGCAAAGGAGAAGGGGAUGCUGUUGAGAAUGCAAAGACAGGAGAAAAGGGGUCUUAUUCCAGUCUUAUAUUAGCCAAAGGAGAGAGAGAUAUUGGAGAUGGGCAUGGGGAAAAAGUGUAUCCAGAAACGUUAGCGAGAGACAGGAAUGGAGAAAAUGAUACAACAAAUGGUUUUGAAGACAUCAUUUACAAGGCAGGAAAUGUAAUGAAUAAUAAUAAUGAAACCACUAGUGGAAAUGUCAAGGAAGAGAAUGUUACCAACACAAACCAAACUGAAAUUAUCGAUGUUCAGCAAGAGAAUGUAAACAAGAAUAGAAGCAAUGAAGAUGAAGGAAAUGUAAACAUUGAUAAAAAUGAGGGUGGUCUAAAUGAAGAAACUCCUUACAGAGGAGAUGGAAAUGGGAGUAAUCAAACUGAGGAUCCAACAGAAAAAAGCAAAACUACAAAUGAUAACGGAGAAGAUGAAAACUGGAAUGAUAUUGAUGGUGGUGCUAGUGGUAAUGGAGCUGACACCUUUGAAGGGAAUGGUUCUGGUGAUGAUGAGGGAGAAAAAGCAGAGGAAAGAAAUGAAAGCACUGUUGAUAAUACAGAUUCAAGCUUUCCUAGUAAUGAGAUUGAGGAAAAUGGAAAUGAAGAUGACAGUGAUAAUAACUUAAGCAAAAAUACAAGUAAUGCCAAUGAAGAGGAUGACACUGCAGACAAAGAUGAUUUCCUCAAUGGAGAAAAUACUUCAAAGAGUGAUGAAGAUCAUGAUAAUACAGUAGAAGCUACCAUGGAGCUGACUUUUCCCCUUAAAGGUAGUAAAAAUGGAUUAAAUGAAGUACCAGGUACCAAUGACAUUGGCAGAGACCAAGAAAAGCAGGUAGAAAACAAUGGAACCACCAACAUCAAUGGUAUGGAAACUACUAAAGAAGCUGAAAAAGUAAAUGAUGCUCUUAGAAGUAAAGGAAAUGACGUUAUUUCUGACAAAGGAUCCCAUGAUGUGGCAGGGAAGGUUGACAAUGAACCUGUUGGAAAGAACCUGAAAACAAAACUUGGUGGCAAAGCUGGACCCAGCAACACUGGCAGUGAAAGCAAUAGCGAUGGAUAUGAUGAGAGCUAUGAUUUUGACAAUGAAUCUAUGCAAGGAGAUGACCCUAAUAGCAGUAACAAUGAUGCCAAGUCUGAAAGCGAGGAUAUCAGUAAAAGUGAGGGCAAUGAUUCUGAUGAACCUGAAGAAUCAAAUGGUGAUAACAAUGGUAGUGACUCACCAGAAGGAGGAAAUGAGGAUAGUGAUAGUGUAUCAGACACUAAUGAUGAUGAUAGCAACAGCUCUCAUAAUGGCAGCGACAGUGGUAACGACAAUGAUGGAAAUGUAGCAAAUGGCAAUAGUGAUAGUAGUGACAGCCAUGACAGUGACAGUAAAUCUGAUAGUGAUAGUGACAGUGAAUCUGAUAGCAGUGACAGCAGUGAUAGCAGUGAUAGCAGUGACAGCAGUGAUAGUAGUGACAGCAGUGAUAGUGAAAGCAAAUCUGACAGCAGUGAUAACAGUGAUAGCAGUGACAGCAGUGAGAGUGAUAGCAAAUCUGAUAGCAGUGACAGCAGUGAUAGUGAAAGCAAAUCUGAUAGCAGUGACAGUGAUAGCAAAUCUGAUAGCAGUGACAGUAGUGAUAGUGAUAACAAAUCUGAUAGCAGUGACAGUAGUGAUAAUGAAAGCAAAUCUGAUAGCAGUGACAGUGAUAGCAAAUCUGAUAGCAGUGACAGUAGUGAUAGUGAUAACAAAUCUGAUAGCAGUGACAGCAGUGAUAGUGAAAGCAAAUCUGAUAGCAGUGACAGCAGUGAUAGUGAUAGCAAAUCUGAUAGCAGUGACAGCAGUGAUAGUGAAAGCAAAUCUGAUAGCAGUGACAGCAGUGAAAGUGAUAGCAAAUCUGAUAGCAGUGACAGCAGUGAAAGUGAUAGCAAAUCUGAUAGCAGUGACAGCAGUGAAAGUGAUAGCAAAUCUGAUAGCAGUGACAGCAGUGAAAGUGAUAGCAAAUCUGAUAGCAGUGACAGCAGUGAAAGUGAUAGCAAAUCUGAUAGCAGUGACAGCAGUGAAAGUGAUAGCAAAUCUGAUAGCAGUGACAGCAGUGAAAGUGAUAGCAAAUCUGAUAGCAGUGACAGCAGUGAAAGUGAUAGCAAAUCUGAUAGCAGUGACAGCAGUGACAGUGAUAGCAAAUCUAAUAGUGUCAGUAAUGAAAGCAGUGAUAGCAGUGAUAGUGAUAGCAAAUCUAAUAGUGACAGUAAUGACAGCAGUGAUAGCAGUGACAGCAGUGAUAGUGAAGGCAAAUCUGAUAGCAGUGAUAGUAGUGACAGCAGUGACAGUAGUGAUAGUGAUAGCAGUGAUAGUAGUGACAGCAGUGACAGUAGUGACAGUGAUAGCAAAUCUGAUGGCAGUGACAGUAGUGACAGCAGUGACAGUAGUGACAGCAGUGAUAGUAGUGAUAGUGAUAGCAAAUCUGAUGAUAGCAAUGACAGCAGUGAUAGUAGUGACAGUAGUGAUAGUGAUAGCAAAUCUGAUAGCAAUGACAGUGAUAGUGAUAGCAAAUCUGAUGAUAGCAGUGACAGUAGUGACAGCAGUGACAAUAGUGAUAGUGAUAGCAAAUCUGAUGAUAGCAGUGACAGCAGUGAUAGUAACAGUAAUGAAAGCAACCAUCAAGGCAAGACUAAAAAUGAUACUAAGAAUGGAAAUGACAGUGAUAGUGAUAGUGACAGCGACAGUGUCAGCGAAGGCAGUGACAGUAACCAUCUAACAAGUGAUGAUUAGAGCAAAGGCCAGGAACUAUAAAGUUCCUCCUGUGAAAAGUCCAAGUAAUUUCUAAAAAGUAAAAUUUCUGUAAAAGUAUAACCAGUGAGAGAGAAUGAAAUGAAAGUCAGGCAUCACCUGAGACACAAUUUUAGAAACU